UGUCAUUUUAUUCAAAUCAAAUCCAAAAUCCGCGAACAUUGUGUUCAUGUUAUAGUGCAUAACUACUAAAAUAGGAUUAAAUUAUAAUAAAUUAUGAAUAUUCAAAAGAGCGAGUCCAAAGAAAAUAGACCCCCAAUUGGUGGACGAUCUCUACUGCCUUCUACGAGUACACCGAUGAUUCAAGCAACAACAGAUGGUUUCAAAGUACCAACACUGCCUGUAAGUCGACCCCUUGCACACAACAACAAAGCAAGUUCAGCAGUAGAGCCAGUAAAACCUGAAGCAAAGAAAGAGGAAAAAAAGAAACAAUGGUCUAUUUCGGAUUUCGACUUAGGACGACCUCUCGGAAAAGGUAAAUUUGGAAAUGUUUAUUUAGCGAGAGAGAAAGAAUCGCACUAUGUUGUUGCCCUUAAAGUAUUAUUCAAAAGUCAAAUUCACGAUUCGGAAAUAGAGCAUCAAGUGCGUCGCGAAGUCGAGAUACAAUGUCGCCUUCGACAUCCCAACAUACUACGAAUGUACGGUUACUUUCAUGACGAAAAACGCAUAUACUUUAUCCUGGAAUACGCGAAACAUGGAGCUUUGUACAAAUUGUUGAAGGAACGCGGGCGUUUCGAUGACAGAAUUGCAGCUAUUUACGUAAGAGAUUUGACCAAAGCCCUAAUUUAUUGCCAUACGAAAAAAGUUAUACAUAGAGACUUAAAACCUGAGAAUUUAUUAAUAGGCCACAAUUGGGAGUUGAAGAUAGCUGAUUUUGGUUGGUCAGUACAUUCACCAUCUUCCAGACGCAUGACAUUAUGUGGUACUUUGGAUUAUUUAUCUCCUGAGAUGAUAGAUGGGAAACCACACAGCUAUGCCGUGGAUAUUUGGAGUUUAGGAGUAUUAUGCUAUGAGUUGUUAGUUGGUUUACCUCCAUUUGACGCAAAGGAUUCUCAUCAAACCUAUAAAAAGAUACGCUAUGUUAUAAUCAAAUACCCAGAAUUUAUCUCAGAGAAAGCCAAAGACUUGAUGGGGAAAUUAUUAGUGAUUAAUCCUGAACAAAGGUUACCGUUGGCCAGUGUACUUCAGCAUCCAUGGAUCUUAGAAAAUGCCCCUGAAGGUGCAAAGGCACCGGCUUUUCAUCCAGAACAAAAGCAAUUGUAGUAUUAAUUUGAUAAAGUAUUCUCAUCAUCACUCUUUGGAUAAUGUUCAUAUGACAGAUGUGUGGACAAAUUUAUUUAAAAUACUUACUGCAUUAUUUAAAUGUUGUGAAAUGUUUAAUGAGAUUUGAUGUUUAUGUAUUUUUUUAUGUUAGUCUAAUUUUGAAUUAUGUUUAGUAUGAUAAAAAGAAAUACUAGAGCAUACUCAGUUAAAUAGUAUAUUUUGUAAUGACAUUAGUUAAUACAUUCCUCUAAGUUCUAUGGUGCCACUUAUGUUUGGAAAAAGACUUAAAAAUGACUGACAAAAUAUUUAUUUCUAAACAAUCAUGUAAAAUAAUUUUAAUAAUAAAUUAGAUUUACAAA